AUGAAUGUAAUUAAGGGUAUAAUAAUAUAUUAUUGUUUAAUUUCUUUGGGUGAAUCUUCAAAUAUACCUAGAAAUGUCCCAGACAAAAUAUUGAAUAAAAGUUUAACAGAUACUUUGAAUUAUAAUUUUAAUUUAGAUGAUGUUAUGGGUAUAUUUGAUAAAAUCUUCAAGAACAAUGUUGAUGACUUUAAAAUAGAAGAAAAUAAUGAUAUAAAGAAUUUGGAAUUUAGGAAAUAUUCAUUUAAUGAACACAAUUAUGAUUUACUAUACGAAUCUUUUAGAGAUUAUUGUCUUAACGAAGUUGUGAAUAAUGAAAAUUGCAUAAAAUUUUUAGACGUGGACAAUAUUCUCAAUGUAUUUCAUGAUAUAGAUAGCGUUUUUCAUUCUCGAUUUUAUAAAGAGAUUAAAGAAGUAAAAAGUUACAUUUUUGAAAUUAUAAAAUUGUUAAAUAAAAGUGAUGAUCUUAGUGUUAAAAUAAAGACGACAUUUGAUGGAAUUAAAAGUAAGAAAAAUAUGCUUCUUAAAACAUUGGAUGAACGAUUUAACACAGCUGUUCCUAUAAUUAGCUAUUUUGAAGGCAUGACCUAUAAUUUAACAAAAGAAAAUAAUAAUAUAAAUUUUUAUGAAAUGAUGGUACAAUAUGGUAAUGAUUUAAAUAGUGCUGUAAAAAAUGCACUAGUAGAAUAUGUAUAUACUUAUAGAGAAGUAAAAAAUUUUCAGAAAAAAUUAGAAAAAUAUAUAGAAAAGAAUGCAAAAAUAUUAUCUAAAAUGCAUAGAAAAAUAGUAUUGAGCAUAUUUUAUAUGAUUGCAGAUAUGAAUAAAACUACUGAAAAAAUUGAGAAUUUAGUUAAUAAAAAAGUAGAAGAAUAUGAAGAAUGGAUAAAUAACGAAAAUGUGAAUUUUAGUAGAAUGAUAAGUAAUUUAAAAUAUAAUGUUGAUUUUAAUAUAGAUGAUAUAAAUAGUAUUAUUGAUACAUCAAAAGAAAAUUUAUUAAAAAAUAAUAUUGAUUUUAUUAAUAUGAGUGAAUAUGUCACAUUUCACAGUCCAAAUAAAACUAUCAAUUCUAUUAUACAUUUCUUAAAUAAUAAAUAUUCAAAAAAUGUUCAUAUUAUAUUUUUAUAUAAUGAAGAAUAUAUUAAUUUGAAUUUUAAUAUGAAAGAAGAAAAAUCAGAGGAACCAUCAUCCAAAAUUGAUUUAAAACUUAUGAAUAAAUCGAAUUUUGAUCAUUUAGAUUAUAUAGAAACAACAAAAUAUGAAAAUAUCUUAACUUCCAUGAAAAAAGAAAAUCAUUCUUAUUUUCAUUUGGAGAAAGGAGAUAUUAAUAACCUUAUUGAUGAUCUUUUUGUCAAAUAUGAUGAUAAUAAUAAUAAUAGUCCAUGGAUAAAAGAAAAAUCAAUGGAUGUUAAAGAAGGUGCAAAAGAAGGAUAUACUGAUCUAAAUGAUGAAAUUACCAAAUAUACAGAAAAAAUGGAAAAAAAAAUUGAUAAUGUUACAGACGAUUAUAUAUUUAAACCUACUAUAAAAAGUUAUAUAGAAGGUGUGAAAAAUCUUUUUGGAAAUGCUAUUUUUCAGUUUAAUAAAUAUAUUUAUACCUUUGAUAAAAACUAUGAAGAUACAAGUGUAAAUAAUGAAACCGGUGAUCAAAUUGUUAAUAUGAGUAAUAAAUUAGAGAAAGAUGUAUAUCCUGAAGAUAUAGAAGAGGGUGAAGAAAUAAUUGACGAUGAAAAUAUAGAGGAUGAAGAAAAUAAUUAUAAAGGGGAUAAUAAAAAUGUACAAGAAAAGGAAUUAACAGAAGCUAAAGUGGAUAAAAAAGGAAAUAUUGAUGGCCAAAUUGAGGGUAUGAAAGAAAAUAAAGAAAGAACUGAUGAGGUGAAGGAUGGAGAUAAAAAUGAUGUGAAAGAUAAAGAUAAAAAUGAUGUGAAAGAUAAAGAUAAAAAUGAUGUAAAGGAAGAAGAUAAAAAUGAUGUAAAGGAAGAAGAUAAAAAUGAUGUAAAGGAAGAAGAUAAAAAUGAUGUAAAUGAUGAAGAUAAAAAUGAUGUAAAUGAUGAAGAUAAAAAUGAUGUAAAUGAUGAAGAUAAAAAUGAUGUAAAGGAAGAAGAUAAAAAUGAUGUAAAUGAUGAAGAUAAAAAUGAUGUGAAAGAUGAAGACAAAAGUGAUGUAACAGAUGAAGAUAAAAAUGAUGUGAAAGAUGAAGACAAAAGUGAUGUAACAGAUGAAGAUAAAAAUGAUGUAAAAGAUGAAGAUAAAAAUGAUGUAAAAGAUGAAGAUGAUAAAGAAGAUAAAAAUGAUGUAAAAGAUGAAGAUAAAAAUGAUGUAAAAGAUGAAGAUAAAAAUGAUGUAAAAGAUGAAGAUAAAAAUGAUUUAAAAGAUGAAGACAAAAGUGAUGUGAAAGAUGAAAAUAAAAAUGACGACAAAAGUGAUGUGAAAGAUGAAAAUAAAAAUGACGACAAAAGUGAUGUAAAAGAUGAAGAUAAAAAUGAAAAUAAAAAUGACGACAAAAGUGAUGUAAAAGAUGAGGACAAAAAUGAUGAGCCAACUAUAACAUCAAUUGAAGAAUCAAUUAAAUUAUUAAAUGAAAAAAAAAAAUCUAAUAAAAUAAAACUAAGCAAUACAGUUGAUGAUAUAAAUGAAUUUGAGAAUGAAUUUCAAAGUACAUACGAAAAUGAUUAUGAAAAUGAAUAUGAAAAUGAAUUUGAAGAUGAAUAUAAAAUGUUGUGUGAAAAUAAUUGUGACGGCUCAAAUGAAAAUAAAAAUAAUGUGUUAUCCAUAUUUGAAAGUUCAAAUUUAAAAUAUUUAUGGAGGAUACCUAUAAUAAAUAAUUUAUAUAAUUCAUGUUGUAAGGAUAAACUAGAAAAUGAUAAUAAUGAGAAUAUACAAAAUAUUAACGUAUUCGAAGUUGAUGAAGAAGAAAUUUUAAAAAUAUAUGAUAAUAUGGAUUCAAUAAAAUAUGAAGAUGUUACCAGAUGGAUUAAGGAUAAUAUAUUAUAUGCAGUACCAGAUAUGAAUUAUAUUUUGGGAGCAUUAAAAUCACAAAAGCGAUAUAUGAAUAACGUAAGUAGUACUAGAAUUGGAGGUACAGAUAGUAAUAGUAUUCAUCAGAAUUAUUUUUAUGAUUCAUUUUAUGGACGUGAUUAUUUAAUUAUGAAAUCGAAAGGAGUUCAUGUAGAGACAUUUUUAUAUCCUUAUUUUGAGACAUUAAAUAUGGAAUUAAAUGAAGCUGGAAUUUGUCCAUGGGGAAAUUAUUAUUCUUGUAUGGAAAAAUAUGUAAAAGAACAUAUAAAGAAUAAAAUGGUUGAUGAUAAAAUAUUAUUUGUAUAUAUAGGAACUUUUAAAGAAGAAAUAUUUAAAUUAUCAAGAUCAAAAACAUUAGAUGAUUUAAAGAAAAUACAUUUAAAACAAUUUUUGGAUAAUGAAAAAGAAUAUGAUUUUUUUAAUAAUUUUAUGAUAAAAAAAUAUAAUGAAGAAUAUAAUUUCUUUGAAAAUUUAAAAACACAUAUAGUAUAUCAUUCAAGAUAUAAACAUUUAUUAAUGUAUGGUAUUGAUUUCAAUUUUCAUGUUUCCUAUUUCUUAAAAGGAGAUAUUCAAUUUUUACCCUUAUCCUAUUAUUACGACUCCAUAAUUUAUUUCAAAGUUAUUUUUGCUACAUCAAAAUAUGGAUAUCAUGAAAUAGUACCAAUUGAUGAUGAUAUAAUAAAAUUUGGAUUAUUACUUUCUUUAGAUAAUAAAAAUAAAAAUGUACACUAUUUAAUUUCUUCAGAAGUCAAGCAAGAUACAAAUUAUGAUUUAAUGAAAAAUAAAAUAGGAGUAAUUAAAAUUUAUGAAGUCUCAUAUGAAAUGCUCAACAUGCAAUUAAUUAACAACAAAUAUAAAGUCAAUGUAACCAAAAAUAUGAGAAUUAUUUUAGAAAAAGAAGUUAUAUUUAAUAAUAACGAAAAAAAACUUCUUGAUUAUAUUGAUUCUUUUUAUGAUAUUAUGAAUAAAAUAAUGAAAAAUAAUAUGAACUUGGAAUUAUAUGGAAAAACUUUUUUUGUUCAUGUUCAAAGGGUUUAA